AUGGAAGUCCUAGAGAUAAGAGAAGGAUCUCUUAAGCUAUUUUGUGACAGUAAGGAAGUGGUACAUGCCACGGAGGGGCUGGAUUGGGAAGACAAAGAUGCUCCAGGGACCUUGGUCGGCAACGUGGUGCACUCAAGGAUCAUCAGUCCCCUGCGCCUGUUUGUUAAACAGUCUCCGGUGCCCAAGCCCGGCCCCAUGGCAUAUGCAGACAGCAUGGAAAACUUUUGGGAUUGGCUGGCCAACAUCACGGAGGUUCAGGAGCCAUUGGCAAGAACUAAACGGAGGCCAAUAGUGAAAACAGGAAAAUUUAAGAAAAUGUUUGGAUGGGGUGACUUUCAUUCCAACAUUAAAACUGUCAAACUCAAUCUCCUCAUCACAGGGAAAAUUGUUGACCAUGGAAAUGGAACCUUCAGUGUGUAUUUCCGACAUAAUUCAACAGGCCUGGGCAAUGUUUCAGUGAGCUUGGUACCACCCUCCAAGGUGGUGGAAUUUGAAGUUUCCCCCCAGUCUACCUUGGAGACCAAGGAAUCUAAAUCUUUCAAUUGUCGCAUUGAGUAUGAAAAAACAGAUCGGGCGAAAAAGACCGCCCUGUGCAACUUUGACCCAUCCAAGAUCUGCUACCAGGAGCAGACUCAGAGCCAUGUGUCUUGGUUGUGCUCCAAGCCCUUCAAGGUCAUUUGCAUUUACAUUGCCUUUUACAGUGUUGAUUAUAAACUCGUGCAAAAGGUGUGCCCUGACUACAAUUACCAUAGUGAGACCCCAUACUUAUCUUCCGGCUGACCUUCCUGUUGUGGUAGAAAUGAGGGAUAUGUGUGUAUAUAUAUAUAUUUGAUUAGAAUGACCAAGAAACAAGCCCAGCUCUUUAUGGUAAAGGAUCCCUUUUGUUUAUGGCGGUGAACAAAUAGUUCCCUAUCAGGUUUUCAAAUUUA